GGAGAGUUGUCAUUUAUUUUGUUUUUCUUUUCUUUUCUUUUUCGCCGUUGUCAUUUACAAUUGAUUUUCACUUCCCUCUCAAGACAAGCCGCAAAAAUGGCGAAUUUCAACUGAAAAGUCCUCGUCGUCUCCGUUCAACAUUUACCAGUAAUGAUCGGUAAGGUUGAAGAUAGUUUCUGAAUCUCAUUGCUCAAAAGUGUUGCGGACGUUGCAUGCUUCUUAAUUGAAAUUUGAGAGAUAGAAACAUGGAUUUCGCUUGUACUUUUCAGCAUCCGAAUGCAGUUGGGGGUGCCCGUUCUCGUAUACACCAGUGGGAUGCAAGUUUGAAAUCGAGAUGGAGAAGUUCCUUUUCUAGUUUUAGAGGAAAUGAAACAUUUGAAACAUAUCACAAGAGGAAACUAAAGAAAAGAACUGUAUCCUGUGCAAGAUUUAGUUGUAGUACACUGAAUACAGGAGAAUUGGAUGGUCAAUUGUGGAGACGGGGACCACCGGGAGCACGUGUAUUCUUGAAUUCUAAUGUUGGUAAUUCAUUUGCUACUUCUUUGGCCAUAUCUCGGUUAUGCUGCCAGGGAAGUGAUUCUGUAGCUUAUAUUGAUGGGAAUAAUCAAGAUGUUGAGGUUGUUGAAAGUGGAGAAAGUAUAAAGGCAGAUAAUAGUAUAAGUUCAGAGAAUGGUUCAGGGAAAGAGGUCAGGGAAGAGGACAAGUUGCCUAGUUUGGACGAAUUAAGGGAGUUGUUGCUAAAAGCCCUUAAUGAGUUGGAGGUGGCAAGGCUAAACAGUACCAUGUUUGAAGAAAAGGCUCAAAAGAUAUCCGAAAAUGCAAUUGCAUUGAAAGACGAAGCAGCGAAUGCUUUGAAUGAUGUUAAUGCUACUCUAGAUAUUAUUCAAGAAACUGUGAAUGAAGAAAUUGUUGCCAAAGAAGCUGUUCAGAAAGCAACCAUGGCCCUUUCUUUAGCUGAGGCAAGAGUUCAGGUGGCAAUGGAUUCAUUAGAAGCAGAAAACAGAAGAAAUGUCGUGCAAGAGUCUUCAAUAGAAAGUCAAUCUGAAACUGACAGUGUUGAGGAGAGGUUGGAUUCUUUGAGGGAAAAGGAAGAAACACUAUUGGUUGCACAACGUGAUAUUAGAGAGUGUCGGGCUACGUUGGUCAAUUGCGAGUUAGAUCUGGAACGUCUGCAAUGCAGGAAAGAGGAGUUGCAGAAGGAAGUAGAUAGGCUAAGGGUGGCUGCAGAGACAGCAGAAGAGAAUGCUUUGAAGGCAGAAGAAGAUGUUGCUAACAUAAUGCUUUUGGCUGAACAAGCUGUUGCCAUUGAACUUGAAGCUGCUAAAUCUUUAAGUGAUGCCGAGAUCGCCUUGCAGAAAGCAGAGAAGAACAUUUCUUUCCAAAUUGAUAGUCCAGAAAUUGCGAGUCAUCAGAGUAGGUUUUCCUCGCAAGGAUAUGUUUCAAGUGAAGACUCGGUAACUGAGGACGAAUGGGCUAGUGAGAAAAAGAUGGGAGAUAUUGCUAUUGGAAGGAAAGGAGAUGAAAUGCUUGAAGCUGGCGAUUCCAUACCUCUUAGCCAGUUUGAUGGGCCUGGAAAAGGUCUUGAAGAGUCUAUUUCACCCUAUGAAAGUGAACAUGAAAAUGGAAAACUAAGUUCGGAAUCAUUGAAAGAUAUUGAACUAGAUCCAGAGAACUCCAAGACCAUGGGUCAAACGGCAAAGCAUGAGUCACAGAAGGAUUUUACCAGAGAUGGCUUGCCCCCUCAGAAAGCAUUAUCGAAGAAAUCAUCUCGUUUCUCCGAGUUCACACCAGCAUCAUUGUUCCAAGGUCUCACUGAAUUUUCUUGGAAGCAACUACCUAAGCUGGUAGUUGGUGCAUUGCUUAUUGGGGCUGGGAUGACCUUAUAUCUGAACAAGAAAGGUAGGAUAAACCAAUUAUUUCCUCAACGAGAAGUUAUCUCCUCUAGCAUUGACAGAGUGUCCAUAAGUAUAGAGCCUUUGUUCCAUCAAGUUCAGAAAUUGCCAAAGAAAGUUAAGAAACUCAUGGAAAUGCUGCCACAUCAAGAGAUAAACGAGGAAGAAGCUUCUCUUUUUGACGUGCUGUGGCUACUGCUGGCUAGUGUCGUUUUUGUGCCUAUAUUCCAGAAAAUACCGGGAGGAAGUCCUGUUCUUGGCUAUCUGGCUGCUGGUAUUUUAAUUGGGCCUUAUGGUCUCUCUAUCAUUCGCCAUGUGCAUGGUACAAAGGCGAUAGCUGAAUUUGGAGUUGUCUUCUUACUAUUUAAUAUUGGAUUAGAGCUAUCUGUCGAAAGAUUGAGUUCAAUGAAAAAAUAUGUGUUUGGACUGGGGAGUGCUCAGGUCUUGGUGACAGCUGCUGUUUUUGGAUUUCUGGCUCACUUAGCUGCUGGACAGCCUGGUCCUGCUGCAAUUGUAAUUGGGAACGGUCUUGCAUUAUCAUCUACUGCCGUUGUCCUACAGGUAUUGCAAGAACGAGGUGAAAGUACAUCUCGUCAUGGACGAGCUGCGUUUUCAGUGUUAUUAUUUCAGGAUUUGGCUGUCGUGGUGCUACUGAUUCUUAUACCUCUUAUUUCGCCAAAUUCAUCUAAAGGCGGGAUUGGUUUCCAAGCCAUUGCUGAAGCUCUUGGUUUGGCUGCUGUAAAGGCCGUUGUCGCCAUUGCUGCAAUAGUGGCUGGAGGACGCUUGCUGCUUCGGCCAAUAUACAAGCAAAUUGCAGAGAAUCAAAAUGCGGAAAUAUUUUCAGCAAAUUCACUUCUUGUAAUUCUUGGAACUAGUCUCCUCACAGCCAGAGCUGGUCUUUCCAUGGCAUUGGGAGCAUUUUUGGCUGGUUUGCUUCUUGCCGAGACAGAAUUUUCUAUACAAAUUGAAUCAGACAUUGCUCCAUAUCGUGGCCUUUUGCUGGGACUCUUCUUCAUGACGGUGGGCAUGUCCAUCGAUCCAAAACUACUUAUUUCAAACUUCCCGGUUAUUAUGGGUGCUUUAGCUCUGUUAAUAGGUGGAAAGACUAUCUUGAUUGUUGGAGUUAGUAGACUUUUUGGCAUUUCAAUCAUAUCCGCAAUAAGAGCUGGUCUUCUACUUGCUCCUGGUGGAGAAUUUGCAUUUGUGGCUUUUGGAGAGGCUGUUAAUCAGGGUAUUAUGUCUUCCGAGCUGUCAUCUUUGCUGUUUCUUGUAGUUGGCAUCUCUAUGGCCCUCACCCCAUGGUUAGCUGCCGGUGGGCAGUUAAUAGCCUCCCGUUUUGGCUUACAUGAUGUCCGCAGUUUGUUGCCUGUUGAGAGUGAGACUGAGGAUCUGCAAGAUCAUAUUAUUAUCUGUGGAUUUGGACGUGUUGGUCAGAUCAUUGCGCAGCUUCUUUCUGAACGACGCAUUCCAUUUGUUGCUCUUGAUGUAAGGAGUGAUCAAGUAGCGAUUGGCCGUAAGCUUGAUCUCCCUGUUUACUUUGGUGAUGCAGGAAGUCGAGAGGUUCUUCAUAAAAUUGGGGCUGAAAGGGCCUGUGCUGCUGCAAUAACCCUAGACACUCCUGGUGCAAAUUACAGAACUGUUUGGGCUUUAAACAAGUAUUUCCCCAAUGUUAAGACUUUUGUUCGCGCUCAUGAUGUGGAUCAUGGACUCAAUUUGGAAAAAGCUGGAGCAACAGCGGUUGUACCAGAGACAUUGGAACCAAGUCUACAGCUAGCAGCUGCUGUUCUUGCACAGGCAAAGCUUCCAAUGUCGGAAAUUGCAACAGCAAUCAAUGAGUUCAGGUCACGCCAUCUUUCUGAACUUACAGAGCUAUGCCAAUCAAGUGGGAGUUCACUUGGUUAUGGCUUCUCCAGUGUGUUGAGCAAAACAAAAUCUCAAUCAUCGGAUUCGUCAGAUGACAAUCAGACCUUGGAAGGAACUCUAGUAUUAUGAGAUGCACAGAUUUGAUAAGAGGAAUAAGACAGUUACAGAUGUGAAUUCACAUUGAGCUUAUGAAAUGGUAAGUGGUCUAAACAAAAUAAUAUAGGAAUGUAGCUGAAACUGUGAAAUGGACCCCUUUGAUGCGCCUUUUCCCUCUGCUACGCAGUUUUGGAACCUUUUAUUAUGUGUACAAAAACAAAAGAUUCUUGUGAGCUUUGUUUGGUUCUAUAUUUUGUUGAAAGUGGCUUCAUUUCCCUUC